UAUCUUUUCAGUCCGGAAUGCUCCGGCAUAUUUCAUUAUUAUCAUAAUUAUCCUAAUAAGUUUGGGCAAUGGUUCUUAUAUAUUAUUGCACUUACAGGCCACCCAGUGUCUGGUUGCCGGCUGCAAUGCUACUCUGCAAGAUCCGUGCGGCCAUGACGUUUGCCGGAGCCAUGCCUCGUGCGCAGUGUUGCUUACUGAUUCCGUGGUCUGGCAUCACGAAAACUGCUUUGCAUGCUACGACUUGGUACAACAGGUUACCUCUUCGGCUGAACAGUCUCUUAAGGAUGCUGCACUCUCUACCCUCAAGAUCUGGGUUGGAGGGUUUGGACGGGACGUAGGGAAGGCUAAGCCGUACAUUCUGUCUCAAGAUAUGGCGGCUUUGAUCUUCCCAGCCGGGAAAUCUGCCGGAUACGUUGACCCAAAAGUAUCAGCACCAAUUAUCAAAUCAAUCCAAGCUUCAAUUUUGGACCAGCAAGAGGCAGAGUUGCCGGACCAUGGGCUGGAAGGAGUCUCACUGGAAGUGGUUGAGGAUUUGCCUGUUACACUAGAUACGGGUACAGGUAACAGUGUUAAUGAGGCUAGCUUAGUUGGUCACCGGGGUCUUUCCUCGAGUGAAUCUGAUUCUUCCUCUCCCUCUACUUCCAAUUCCUUCAUGGGUUUCACAGGAGGAUUGCCCCUUUCCAGGUCGCAUUCCUUCUCUGUGAUUCCUAAAUUAAAGAAAAAAUCUUCAGGUAAAACCUUGCUCAAAGGCAAAUCAGAGACAAAGCCAAGGCCUGGGCACGUGCCAGAGGUUCAUACACAUAUUAAACCUAUGCUGAAGUCUCUUGCUAAGUCUUCAAAUCCAAGGUCUCAAAGAGGGAAUUCUUCCCAUUGACCCACAAGUCCCAUUCCAUCAAUGUCUAGGGAUUGGAUACCUCAUAAGGUACCACAGGGGGGGCAGGAGGAUUCCCCUUUAGUUGGACAGGAUCUGUUCAACACGAAUAUUUUAAAUCAGGUCAGUAGCCUUGGUAGCUUAGUCAGUUCAGUUGCAGCGAGAUUUGAAGAAGUGUUUAAGAGAUUAGGUGCACAGGACUCCCUGAUUGCAGGUCUCAGGCAGGAGUCGGCAGUUCCAGCACCUCCUAGUAACUUGGUGCAAGGUCAGAGCAUGCCUGACGGGUCCACGCUCCCUCCGUUCCACCCUGGUAAUCCUUGGAGGGUGGCGAACUUCGCUCCAUUUGUCAACGGGAUGUUGACUAUAGAAGGUUGUGGCACACGUAGACUCGAGGAUUUAGAGUUCUUCCCCGAAGGGUUACAGCCACCAUUUAUAGGUUAUGUUAGGCUUACGGAGGCAGCUCUGAUUAUAGAGGAUAAGUUCCCCAAGGAGACUGUUAUCCUUUCUAGAGACCAGGCUCAGCAAGCAUGGGUACGGAGCCUAGAAGAGUGGAACUGCUCAAAUACUAGGGUAACAGCGUUUAAAAGCCUUUUCACAAUGUUCACGACUGAUGACGGGAACCCCUUACCUUUUACAUCAAAGGUGGCAGAACUUACCCUUCAGGCAGUGACUCGGGAGGAGCCCAUGCCCCAGCUUAGGGAGACAGAUCCCACAUCAUUGCUACUCCCAGGUAGGGAGGAUUUGUGGGAGGAUUUGCCGGCUACAUUCUCGGUAGGCAAGCUGAAGCCAGACUGUGCAAUCACCUUGUUUAGUGAGCGCCUCCUUAAGCUGUCAGACGCACUGAUCCAAGCCGAAUUUGA